UAGAUUCCUGUUAAAUCGCAUGCCAAUUAUGGGACUUCUCUGUCUCUCAAAAUUUCCAAAUCCUAACUUUCAUCAUUAAUCCAUUUUUGUUUCCUUCAUCUUCUUCUUUCUUCCCUCCGUCAAAUCAUUCACUGCAUGCAACAAUGACCAGCGUCACCUACGGCUACAAAAUGUUCAAGUACUUCAACAAAACCUACGCCGUCUCCGAGCAGGCCCCUCCGCCGGACGUCAAGGACGCAUUCUCCCUCUUUGCCGAAGGCGCCGACUUCAUGUCCGCCGACCAGCUCCUCCGCUUUCUGCACGAACACCAACUCGAAUUGGACUACACCGCAGAAGAUUCCAACCGCGUCGUCGAAACCGUCCUGCAAUCGCGCACGCAAAACGCCGAAUGCGACUCCGACAACAACGGUCUAACGCUCGACGAGUUCUUCCGCUUCUUGUUCCUCGUCGAUUUCAACGAUCCCCUCAAAUCCAAGGUACAUCAGGAUAUGAAUGCUCCCUUGUCACAUUAUUUCAUAUAUACAGGGCACAAUUCCUAUCUGACUGGGAAUCAGCUAAGCAGCGAUUGCAGUGAUGUGCCAAUAAUAAAGGCUUUGCAACGAGGUGUCCGAGUAAUUGAACUAGAUUUAUGGCCAAAUUCAACUAAAGAUGAUAUCGACGUCGUUCAUGGAAGGACACUUACUGCUCCUGUCUCACUUAUCCAGUGUUUGAAGUCCAUAAAAGAGUAUGCUUUUGUUAAAUCUGAGUACCCACUAAUUCUAACUUUAGAAGACCACCUUACACCAUUUCUUCAAGCUAAAGUUGCAGAGAUGUUAGCUCAAGUAUUUGGAGAUAUGCUAUACUACCCUGAGACCGAUCUUCUCACAGAAUUUCCCACACCAGAGUCGGUGAAAGGUCGAAUUCUUAUAUCAACCAAACCACCAUCAAAAGAAUGUCUUGAGUCCAAGCAAUUCAAGGAUAGUGACAGUGAGAGGGAAUCAACUGAAGAAUUAUCGCCAUGCGUUAUCACUGAAUUGGAAGCUGCUGCUGCUGCUGAUGAUGAAAAGUCCAAUGGAAAUGAUCUUGAUGAGGAAAGCUUGAAUGCCCGUGAUAAAAAACCAGACCAACAGAGUGCACCAGAGUACACACGUUUAAUUACAAUCCAUGCUGGGAAGCCAAAGGGUCCUGUAAAGGACCACUUAAAUGUUAUUGGGGGUGUAAGGCGCUUGAGCUUGAGCGAGCAGGAACUUGAAAAAGCUUCUACCACUUAUGGAUCUGAUAUUGUUAGGUUUACACAGAAGAAUAUUAUCAGGGUGUAUCCAAAGGGAACACGUGUUAACUCCUCAAAUUACAGGCCACAUAUAGGAUGGAUUUACGGAGCUCAGAUGGUGGCAUUUAACAUGCAGGGGCAUGGAAAAUCACUCUGGUAUAUGCAAGGGAUGUUUAGAGCGAAUGGCGGUUGUGGUUAUGUGAAAAAGCCUUCAUUUCUGAUAGAAGAAGGCCCAGAUGAUGAGGUUUUUGAUCCUAAAAAACCAAUGCCAGUGCAAAAGACAUUGAUGGUAAAAGUGUACAUGGGAAACGGGUGGAGCACAGAUUUCAGUAAAACACACUUCGAUGCAUUCUCUCCGCCGGACUUUUACACAAAGGUUUGCAUUGUUGGAGUACCUGCUGAUAAAGUGAAUAAGAAGACGAAGAUAAUUCAUGAUGAUUGGUUUCCCGUUUGGGAUGAAGAGUUUGAAUUUCCUUUGUGUGUUCCAGAACUAGCUUUACUUUGGAUAGAGGUUCGAGAGUACGAUAUGCAUGAAAAGGAUGACUUUGGCGGGCAAUCAUGUUUACCAAUCUCUGAGCUAAGAUCUGGUUUCCGGGUAAUCCCUCUAUUUGAUGAGAAGGGCGAGCAAUUAAAAUCUGUAAAGCUUUUAAUGCGGUUUCAGUUCAAAUGAACUAUAACAUUAGUCAUUCCUUGCUAGGCAUGUAACAUGGUUUCAUAUUCCUAGGUGGUUUUUUUUUUACUAGUGACUAGGUUCAUCUAAAAAGAUUGUUGUGACUAUAGAUUAUCUUCAUCUCUAACUGCUUGAAUCAAUACUACCUUCAGCACAACGCAAACAUAUUAGCACCAUGCAAUUUUUACGUCAUGUGGUGAGGUGAUGUAAGUUUUAAGGUGUCUGCAUGCUGAUUGAACAUGAGACCAAAAAAACAUGAUAUAGAUAUGAGAAUUUGAUGUCAUACCUCACAAUGAUGAUGAUAAAUAAAUCAGUUGACAGAUGUUUGUCAACACAGCCUCACAAGGUGGCACAUGCCACCUUUCUACUGACACAUCAAGUAUAUGUAAUACGAGGAAGGAGAUUUUUGGAUGUCUCAUCACAAUUCAGCCAUUCAUUCAUUCUGCAACUCUUUUGAAGGAGACCCUUUGCUUUGCCCUUUGUAUUUGGAUAACGAACACUACUGUUGUGA